AUGAAUAUGGCGCCAAAUAAAUUCUCACUUCACUUUUUACCUAAGGGGAUGCACAACUACUUUUCGUCAGCCCCAUUCGUAACGUGCACGAUCAUUGAAUUUUUGAAACGGCUUGAUUUGGAACAGGCUCUAACGGGUGCCAGCCAAGAACAGAUCCAAAGAGAAUACGUAAAACACCUAAAUUCGUUGAGUAGAAACCAAGUUCUGCCACAAUUCGCUCGGGACCACGCGAAAAAGUUGAAGAAGGAAUUAUUUUCCAUAGAAGUUGCGUUAUUUUGGAAUUCCAUAUUAGAGCGUGAAAAACAUUGCGCUACCGUGAAACAUGAUUUCACGUUGCUUCAACAAGUUAGACAAAAGCAUGUCUCAUUGGGUCAAGCUGAUGCUGCUAGAGUACAACAAGAAAACGAGAAAGGUAUCGAUAAAGGACUGAACAUACGAGAGAAGUUAGAGGAUAAAAAGACAACUCUAGAACAACAGGUGGAAGAGAGUUUACCUUCCGAAAUCGACACCAAGGAUGACGGUAAUGCAGGAAAUACGUCAAACACAUUAAAAAGAAAACUGAAUGAAGAUGACGAAGAAGAGUUGACACAAGAGGAAUUCCUUGAUACAAAUUUAAUUGAAUCAUUCAAGAAAUAUCAAAAAAACAUACCAAAAACUCGCAGGAUCUUAACCCCUGCGUAUUGGGGAGUGCUGGAUCUAACACAAGAGAGUCUAAAAAAUUCUGGAAUACAGAAUAAGGAUAUUGAAAAACUAUCUCGUGAUUUCUCCAAUAAAAUCGGAUGGAACACUGAGGUCAUUAUUCCUACUGAAGUUCGAAAAUAUUUUGAUGAUAAUUGCGAAAAUAUUGAUAAAAAUGAGGCGGUUAACAGGCUGGAUAUUAAUAUGCAGUAUAUGAAAGAUAAGAUGUCGAAACUCCAAAAGGCAUGUACAGAGGAAGAGUUAAAAAUGUGGACUACAGUUCCGCUGAUUUCUAGCGUUUUCACGUCAGAAAGUAUCGAAACCACUUGGGGUGAAAUCCAAGCUAUUCCAACAAACAAGGCACGAAAUGAAAUAAAGGAUCCUUUUUCGAGGACAAAAAUCGGACAUAGAGUCGACAUGAAAGGUAUCUUGGUCAAAACGACAAAUAAAUUCGAAAUAAUUUAUGGUGAAGUUUCUGGAGGGCUGGGUCCUUUCGGAUUACCUGCAUCCUGCAAGAAGAAGCAGUAUGUCGAUAAAGUGAAACUGAUGAUAAUGCUACGAGAUAGCCUCAAUCAAUUUUUCAUAAACAAACGUCACGUGAAUGAUGAAUAUCGUAAGGAACUAACCGUUUAUGGAUGGCUACAAAUCGGUACUGAAUUAAAGAUAUAUGCAAUGGACUGGAUCGGUUCUGGGAUUUAUAGAUUCGGCAAAUUAGAUGAAUGUUCUUUGCCUGUUGACAAAGAUGACUCAAAAAUAUUGGAAGAUGCGUAUUGUAUCUUAAACUUACUAGAGGUAGUUACUUUAUUGUCCUACGAAUGUUCAUGCAAUUAUUUCUCAGGACUGGAGGCGUCUGUGGACGUACCUGCCGUCGGCCAGAAAGGUGCUAUAAACAUUGGAAAGCUAAAGUGUGCCUUCCUUGUAAAGUUUGUGGCAAGCCGACUAGGUCUUUGUAGUAAACAUGCUAGUGGAUACUAUGUGACCCAAUAUAUUAACAGAUUACGAAAUAGGGCCCACUCCCUUGAAGCGAUCCCACAGGGAUCAGCCAAUGCUUCUGCGGGAGAUUUGCUAACUGUUUAG